ACUCAUCGCAUUUAUAUUGAAGCAUUUACUCAUUUAUUACACCUAAAGAGCCUAGCAAAUCUUGGUAUCUCUCCUCAAUCACUCACCGAUAUCGGAAUAUUCUCUCCGGUGAUUAUUUUCCAGCAAUAUGAUGAAGCAACGGAUAGUUCUGAAGAUGGAUGUAAGUGACAGUGAGAAAUCUAUAAAAAAAGCUAUGAAAAUCGCAUCUACAAAAUCUGGUGUUAGAUCGGUCUCGAUUCAGGGGCAGAACGAUCAGUUGGUUUUAUUGGGAGAAGGGAUUGACUUAGCGGAGCUAACACGUGAGCUCAAGAAGAAAGUUUGCCACACGACUAUCAUCACCGUUCAGGCGGCGCCGCCGCAGCAGCCACCACCUCAGCCUCAUCAAAUGGGCCAAUAUAACCAGAUGCCUCCGGCGAGAAGAUGUACCUGUGAGAUACCUAAUUCAGGUUUCUGCGGAUUAUGUAGUUCUAUGAGUCAACACAAUUAUCAGGUGGUACCAUCGCCGUAUUAUCCUCCGGUGCUCUAUUGUCGUGAUGAGUCCGAUGGUUGUAGAAUUUUGUGAUGUGACGUUUUGAGUGAUUUUUGUUGAGUUUUCUUUAUUGAAAAAAAAUCGUUUUCUUACUUUUCUGAUCAUAUGAUAUUGUAAAAAGAAAAUUGUUAGAUUCGUGGUGCUGUAAAUGUUUUGUUUUUUGUUUUUGAUUAAUUGCUGUAAAUGUUGUGACA